GUUUGUGCUUGCGGAGUGCAUUAUCAUCAUGCGAAAAGCUAUUCAUAUUGCCGGGAUUCUAAUUCUUCUUGUGGGCUUGGAAGCUGUGUGGGGAGAGGAGGAAACGAAAGAAGAAAGGGCGGAGGCGAGCGGAGAAGGGGAAGAGGCGAGUGGAAAAGAGGAAGGGGCUGAAGAAUAUGACGAAUUACAAGCUGCCCCCGCAAAGAAAAAUCGUGGAGGUAAUGCUGCAGAAGAGAAUCCAAAACCACCACUUGAAGCACAAGAGCCAGUACCUGUUGAAGCAACAAAUUCGCCUAAAAAACUGGGAAGAAUGGUAGACUCAAUUGUGCCGGUGAUUGUAGCAGUUGGAGCGGCUUCGCUGUAGUUACGUAAAAUGGCUGCUUUUACCAAUGUAUUGUG